AUGACGACACCGCCAAAGCCACUUCCAGAGGGCGCUACGGCCACUGCCAAGAUUGUGCUCCUCGGUGAGUCUGCCGUGGGCAAGAGCUCCAUCGCCCUGCGUUUCGCCCGUAAUGAGUUCUAUCCAAACCAGGAGACCACCGUUGGCGCGGCCUUUCUCUCGAGGACGGUGACCGUGCCGACUUCCUCCGCUUCCCCAACGUCUGACUCUACCGCCGCUGGGUCUGUGAAGUACGAGAUUUGGGACACGGCAGGGCAGGAGCGGUAUCGCUCCCUGGCACCCAUUUAUUACCGCGGCGCAUGCGGCGCGUUGGUUGUCUACGACGUCACAAGCGUGGAUAGCCUCAAAAAGGCGCAGACGUGGCUACGCGAGCUGCGCGCGAAUACGGAUCCGACCCUUGUCAUCUUUCUGCUGGGGAACAAGAAGGACCUGGAGUCUCUGCGGCAGGUCUCCUUUUCUGAUGGGGAAACGCUUGCGCAGGAGGAAGGCGUGAACGGCUUCUUUGAAACCUCCGCCAAAGAGAACGAUAAUGUAGAGGAGGUAUUUGUCAAACUCGCGCAGACGCUGCUUGAACACGGCUUGGCGACGCCCUCCUCCGCCGGCGGAGCGGGUGGCGCACGCGGACCCAGGCGCUUAGAGCCCCCUUCACGCCCCCCGAAGUCGGCGGGCGGCUGUCCUUGCUGA